AUGUGCGUCACCAUUUACAACCUCUUCUUCCAUCCGCUCAGUAGAUAUCCCGGCCCUUGGCUUUGGGCAGUCUCAGACAUUCCGUACUCGCUGGUCUCCAUAUCAGGGGAUGCUCACAAGCGGAUGCUUCAAAUCCACAUGCGCUAUGGCCCAGUUGUGCGUGUCGGUCCAAACACUGUGUUUUACAGCCACCCAGACGCGACCAAGGAGAUCCGUGGGCACCGCAAAGGGAACAAGGCGGAACAUCUCAAAGAUCCUCAUCUGCACUCGGGCAACCAGAGCAACGUCAUCGGCGCAAAUCACGAAAAUCAUGUUCGUUACAGACGAAGCUUGGCUCAUGGCUUUUCGCAUCAGGCCAUGUUGGAUCAAGAGCCGAUCAUCAAUAAGUAUAUCGAUAAGCUAUUGAAGGAACUCAAGAACCAAAGCACGAAGCAAGAAAAGAUUGACAUCGUCCGAUGGUACAACUAUACAACAUUUGAUAUAAUUGGUGAUUUGGCUUUUGGCGAGCCCUUUUACUGCCUGGAAAAAUCGGAUUAUCACCCAUGGGUGGCUCUUAUCUUCUCCGGUAUCAAGAACUUGUCAUUCAUGUCAGUAUGCUCCAAACAUGGGCAACUCGGUAAGAUUGUAGCAAUGUUUCUGGUGCCCAAAGAUCUACCGAAAAAGGGAACACAGCACCGCCGGCUGUCAAUAGAGAAGGUGCGCAGGAGACUCGAUUCAGGGUCAAGCAGGCCGGAUUUCAUGACGGCAAUGAUGACACCACGGGGGUCUUCAGAGGAACUGACAUUCACGGAGUUGGCGUCGAAUGCUAGCUUGCUUAUCGCGGCCGGUUCCGAGACCACGGCCACAGCCCUCUCGGCAGCAACCUACUACUUAGGACUAAACCCGGAAACCUUUGCGAAGUUGGCUGCUGAAGUGCGAUCCGUAUUCUGUUCUGAAAAGGAGAUAACCCUUACGAACGUACAACAUCUGUCUUACUUGCAAGCGGUGAUUGAUGAGGCUAUGAGGCUGUUCCCGUCGGCGCCUGGGACGCAGCCUCGCAUCAUCUCGCCUGGUGGUGACACAAUAGUUGGCAGAUAUGUUCCGGAGGGUACUGUGGUCGGCGUAUGGCAGUGGGUAAAUCACCACAAUCCCGCACACUUCCGCGAUCCCGAGUCUUUCCUCCCCGAACGCUGGCUUGGAGAUGCGCGCUUUGAAAGUGACAAGCGAGAUGCCUUUAUGCCAUUUUCGAUCGGGCCACGAAACUGCAUCGGGCGCAACCUGGCGUAUUCGGAGAUGAGACUAAUCCUCGCACGAAUGGUUUGGAGCUUUGAUAUCAGGCUGGCGGAAGAGAGUGUUGGGUGGGAUAUGAGAAGUAAAGUGUACAUGCUGUGGGAGAAGGGGCCCAUCUAUGUGUACCUUACUCGGCGAGAGUGA